UCCAGGAGACGUCUGUUUCCCCAUAGAUACAGGCUUAGCUUGAGGGACUGCAACAGAUGCAUUUGGCAUAAGGUUUGCAGGUAACUAAAGAGAGCAAAUAUUUACACACACACACACGCACAUAUAUAUAUAUAAUUUUUCUUUAGGCCAAACAUGAGACUGGGCUGUUUGUUUUUGCUGUAUAUCAACCUGUUACUUAGGGUUACCAUAUCUUAAGUCACAUUAAGCAUAAAUUAGCAUUUAAUUUUCUAUUACUACCAGAUGAGAAAGAUGACUUAUUUUCAUUUCUGUUCAUUCAUGUGGAAGGCUUCACUGUAAACGUAUCAACCUUCCUAACAUUAGCUUUGCUUACAGCAGUGAAACCACCAUUUGUAUAGGAUCUGUUUGCCUCAGCAACAUGAGCUUACACCCCAUUGACUCUGAAAAGAGGCAUUUGGCUUUGCAUUAGGGAUGUGAGACCCCCCAUAGUCUAUCACUCUGGAUGCUUCGAGACUGCUUGAUGACAGUUUGUUGCCACUGAGAGACAUCAGUGAGCAGAUCAGGACAGAAGUGGUGUUGCAGGCUCAGGAGUAUGAUGCUGCCCCGCUGUGCAGUCAGUGUGUGCCAUGUGCUUGUGUUGGUGCUGUGUCUGUCUGCGGCUGAGGACUUCGACUGGACAAAGAACAACUACGGCUCCUUCUAUUAUGGCACUUUUCCAGCUGGAUUUUCGUGGGGUGCCGGAGGUUCAGCCUAUCAGACAGAAGGAGCAUGGGACCAAGAUGGAAAAGGACUGAGUAUCUGGGAUGUGUUCAGUCACAGAAAGGGCAAAAUCCAGCAGAAUGAGACGGGGGAUUCUUCGUGUGAAGGCUACUACAAAUUUAAGGAUGAUGUUUCUCUAAUGAAGGAGCUGAAGCUUAAUCACUAUCGUUUUUCCAUCUCCUGGCCCAGGAUCAUACCGACUGGCAUCAAGUCUGACCAUGUAAAUGAAAAGGGAAUACAGUACUACGAUGAGCUGAUCGACACCUUAAUGGAGAAUAAAAUCACUCCCAUCGUGACCCUGUAUCACUGGGAUCUUCCUCAGGUUUUACAGGAGAAAUAUGGUGGAUGGCAGAACAUAAGUAUGAUCAGUCAUUUUAAUGAGUUCGCCAACCUUUGUUUUGAGAAAUUUGGUAACCGAGUGAAGUACUGGAUUACUUUUAACAAUCCAUGGUCUGUAGUGGUUGAGGGCUAUGAGACAGGCGAGCAUGCUCCUGGGCUGAGGCUGAAAGGAGCAGGGGCUUAUAGAGCUGCACAUCACAUAAUAAAGGCCCACGCUAAAGUUUGGCACACUUAUGAUACUCAGUGGAGAGGAAGGCAAAAAGGUUUCAUUGGCAUCUCUCUGUCGGGGGACUGGGGUGAGCCGGUGGACAUCAGCAAUCAGAAGGACAUCGAAGCAGCUGAGAGAUACGUCCAGUUCAACCUGGGCUGGUUUGCCACACCAAUCUUCCACGGAGAUUACCCCCAAGUGAUGAAGGACUUUGUUGGAAGCAAGAGUGUGCAGCAGGGCCUGGGGACAUCUCGGCUGCCCACCUUUUCGCCACAGGAGAAGAGCUACAUCAAAGGGACCUGCGACUUCCUGGGCAUUGGUCAUUUCACCACUCGUUACAUCACCCAUAAGAACAACCCAUCGGGCCGCAGUGGCAGUAGCUACUUCGCUGACCGUGACCUUGCUGAGCUGGUUGAUCCGCGUUGGCCUGAUCCUGGAUCAGAGUGGCUCUACUCCGUACCCUGGGGUUUCAGACGCCUGCUGAAUUUUGUCAAGACUCAGUAUGGAAACCCAAUGAUUUACGUGACCGAGAACGGAGUCUCUGAGAAGAUGUUGUGCACGGAGCUCUGUGAUGAGUGGAGGAUACAGUAUUUUCAAGACUACAUCAAUGAAAUGCUAAAAGCCAUCAGAGAUGGAGUGAAUGUGAAGGGAUACACUGCAUGGUCUCUGCUGGACAAGUUUGAGUGGGAUGAAGGGUACUCGGAAAGGUUCGGCUUGUACUACGUGGACUUCAGGAGUAAAAACAAGCCUCGUUACCCCAAAGCUUCUGUUCAGUUUUACAAGCGCAUCAUCAGCUCAAAUGGAUUUCCAAAUCAGAGGGAGGUUGAAAACUGGAGGAGAAAGUCUGUGGAGACCUGCUCUUCCAGCAACCAGCUGCUAGCUGCAGAGGAACAGCGGAGUACUGCUGCCAAUAUUCUAAGACUUAUACAUGAUCCGCUGACCAGCCACAUGGAGAUGGUGACCGAGAUCGUUGUUCCCACCGUGUGCACACUCUGUAUUCUGCUCAGCGCCAUCUUCCUUAUGUUCCUGCUGAGAAGAAGAAACUAGAAAGUGUGUGUGUGUGUGUGUGUUUACAAUCAUAGUUUGUACAAACUCACAUGGAUGCAGUGGAAUUGCAACAUUUCUUUAAUAGUAUUUGUGAAAGGAUGAAUACAUUUCUGAAGUGAAUUUAAACCACUAAUCUGAUGACUUUACAGUGUUUUGUUGUUUUAGUUCAGCUGCAACAUGCAAAAUGACCUUUUCUGCUUUUAUUUUGUUCUGACGUGGGGAACUGCUAUGCAACCAUGUAAUCUACAGUCUAAAUGAAACAGAGUUUAGCUUUCUAAAUAAAUAAAAUGUGAUAGAUGAA